AUGUCGCAUGCGGGUCGGCCGGACCUCAACAUCACGGCCACCAUAUCCUCCGCGCUCGCCAUGGAGCAGCAACAGCAACAACAUCAGCAGCAGUCACCCCUCACCCCGCAGCACGACGUGCAGCAGGCACCCGGAGCGACACCAGGAAAUCGCAAGCGUAAGAAGGCGACAGGAGAGGGCGAGGAGCCGGCAAGUGUGAGCGAACCGCGGCGGCUGCGCCGUUCGCACGAAGCAUGCGCUCGAUGCAGGAGCAAGAAAAUCAAGUGCGACUCCAAGCAUCCGCGAUGCACAGCGUGUGCGACGGCAGGCGUCCAAUGCAAUCAGGAGGACAGACACAGAAAGACCCUUACGCCCCGCGGCCACGUCGAGAAAAUUGAGCGACAGCUUCUCCAGUGCCAGGCCCUUCUCCGCCGUCAUAUCCCUGGCUUUUCUCUCGAGAAUAUCGAGAAUAUUCUGAUCCAUGAGGGCAUCGAAGUCGAGCCAUCGAGCGAAGACUAUACUGAGGCCUUUCAACUACAUUCCGCUAAUGGUGUUCACAGGCCGUAUCAUGAGGGUCCCCCUCCCCCCAUGUCUGGGAAGGCAUAUCCAUAUCCUCCACCACACAUAAUGCAUGGCUAUCCACCCAUGGGUAUGGCACCACCACCUGGUUAUCCACCGCCAAAUUCCUACCCACCGAUCGGCCUGGCACCAGGGUUGUAUGAUCCACGUAUUCACCCUGCUUUCCAGCAUCCUCAUGCACCGCCGCCUCCUACUCAAACUCGCACAGACUUGGACAUCAAGGGACAGGACCCACAAGCAAAUGAUAUGUCAAAUGAUCAGGCUCUCGCGAAGAAUUUCGGUGUCUCUCCGCAAAUCGUAUCCGAAGCAAAGAUAGGCACUGUUCCUGUAGGAGCAGAAUUGGAAGAUCUUGCAGUUGGUUCCGGUGGCCUUUCAUCUGGCCGUGAUCGCGACCUGACAGAAACCCAACCUCCACGAGAAACAAAGAAUUGGCACUGUGCCAAAAUGCAGCACUUCAGCUCCAUCUACCCACGUGGCCAUGUCCGCGAGGUACCUGUGUGGCUUCCCAAAGAUAGACAGCGAACUAUGCACAUCGUACAGGUGUACUUCAGCUAUCUCAAUUUCCACCGCCCUGUGUUGCAGAAAGAGAGGUUCACAAAACAACUGGAUAACCUUUACGAAGGCACUCCUCAGACGUACGACCCCGGAUAUGUGUGCAGCUUGUAUCUUGUCCUGGCACUUGGUACAAUGAGUGAACUCAACAAAGCUGCAUCACUGGACGAGUCUCUCGAUACUAGUGUGAAGAAAGUCUUAGCGCCAGGCUGGCCAGAACAUGAGGAAUUUUUCGAGCGUGCUUUGGCCGUGAAACCGGAUCUCAGGAUGACUAUUUCUAGUCUGCAGGCACUGAUACUCCUGCACUGGUAUUUGUACACAGAACGCCAACAGCGAUCCCUAUGGCGCUUAGUGGGGAGCCUGGUCCGAGUUGCUAUUGAACUUGGGCUUCAUCAUAACCCUGUUCAACAAGGACAGACGUUCACGGACGAAGAGUCCCAACUACGCAUCCGCUUGUGGUCUAUUGUUAUGAUCCAUGACCGCGGGACAUCGAUUCUCCUUGGUCGCCCUUUGGCCAUUUCACCCGCUGAUACGAGCACUCCGCAUCCGUCCCGUGGCAAGCUCGUCGAGUUCUCAGAACACUUCUUUUUGUCUGCGCCAGUUGCCGAAAUUCAGGCAGAUAUUGUAAAUGCUCUUUAUUCACCUACCCGUCACACCGAAGAAGCCAUCAUGCGAAACGCGACUCGGAUUAUUAAGAGCAUGGUUGAAUUCCGUAAGCAGCUCCCAGAAAAUUAUGCACACUUCUUUGGCGGAACGGAGAAUUGGACAAUGGAUCAGAAGCAAAAACUCGUUGCGGAAAUCACAGAAGAUCAGGGGUUGUCACUUUUGAAGCUCGGCAUCGCCAGAAUCCUACUCUUGCGUGCGUUGUUUAGUUCCCAUGAACUUCCUUAUCCUCAGCGGCGGAAGGCCCUAACAGAUGCAAUUGUUGCAUCGCAUAACAUCAUCGUCGUACAUUAUAGCCUCAUCAAGUUCGCCGACAUCGCGUUCUUCGUCUCACCCAUUCCCCUGCAUAUAGCCGCUAUGGUGAUUUUGUACGGACAGAUGUCUCAAUGCGACCGCCUCCAACGCGAUAUCGCGAUUGAGGACAUAUGGUAUGCGCUUGACAUGCUUCCACGAUUCCGUUGGCGCUGGGAGCGAAAAGACAUGAAUGGCGGUCACCCACUUAUCGAGAAACUCGCAGAGAAGGUGUUAGGACUCACCCUAAGUGAAAUGAAGCACUCAGGCACACCUGUUCUUAUUCCUGAGGACGAUUGGGAAGCGAGUAGCCCAACUGGUGCUGGGUCGUUAUCACCAACAGUAGGUCCGCUAUCUUCUCCAAAGCAUUCUCGCACGGCAUUUUCCGGAUCGUACGUCGGCGGCGCGAACUCGUCGAGUGAAGCGGAUGGCAAGUCUCUCGCUGCGAUUCCUGCUGGUUGGUUCUGGCCAAUGGACCCAGAGAACCCGGUCGAACUUCCGCCCGAACAACCACAAAUGGCUGUCCAACAACAAGUUCCUCCCCAGCCAUACCAACCCAUCGGCACCAUCGGUUGUCAGCAAUCCCAGGACACGUAUAUACUUGAAGAGAAAGACCCUGCUGUGACGAAGUCAAUUAUGCAAAAUUACAUGAAUCGGAUGGCAUGGCCUCAUGGACAUCCCGUUCCCGGUUCCUCUUAA